AUGAAGGGUGAUUCAAAGAAGGAACAGAACCAAGAUAUUGAGGGGUAUCAGAGUUCAUCUGUGGUAGAUGAAACAAAGAAUGUAAACCAAGAGAGUUUCAUCCAACAGAAAAUUGUUGAAGCUAGAGACAAAUUGGAGAAGCAGAGAAAAGACAAUCGUAAGAAAGAGAUGGAUCUUCUUAUGAUCAAAAGCAUGCAAAAUCCAAAUCUGAUAGCCAACCUCACUAUUGAUGAUACAAUUGAUAUCAACAAGAUGAUAGAUGAGAAAAUUAAGGAGAUUGAUGCUAAGAUUGCUUCACUCGAUUGA